UGUUGUAAUGAUGGGGGCUUCCCUGUGUCAGCUAGUGGUUUGUCCUCUUUAGAAGCCUCUGAACCAACCUGUAUGAUUUUUUUUUCAGCCACAAGUAAAAGAUAUUUCUGCCAUUGGAGACACGUUGACGGGCGUCCCCGAGUGUCCUCCCGCCUCAUGGACAUGGCGACUGACGCGCGUCCAGGUGGCCUUUCUACAUACCCAGUCUGCCUUCUGGAAAAGAAAAAGGCAGAGAAGAUGGUGGCCGACUGCCUGAGAGACUGUCACCAGGACUCUCUGACCUUUGAUGAUGUGGCUGUGUACUUCACCCAAGAGGAGUGGGUUUUAAUGGACCAAAUUCAGAGACACCUCUACAGAGAGAUGAUGCUGGAGAACUACCAGAACCUGGUCUUGUUAGGAAGUGAGGUCAUCAAACCCACCCUGAUCUCCUGGUUGGAGGAAGAGGACUUGCAGACAGUGCAGAGAGAUUUCCAAGAAUGGGAAAUGCCAGUCAACACCAAUGAGUCAACAUUUCAGCAGGAUUCUUUGAGGGAACCAACUUCCAACAGUGUGCAAAUGCCUCAGGCAGGAAGUCACAGUGCUUAUGAACUCUGUAACUAUAUGCAAUAUAAAGAUAUAUUCCUAGAGCACUCGUAUGUUAAGAGACACAUGAAAACUGAAAACACAAAGAACACUUGUGACUCUAACCAGUAUGAAAAACACUUUUCUGCUCUGCAUAAGAAAACUUCUACAGGACAGGAACUUUGUGUGUUGAAUCAGUAUGAAAGAGACUUUAGCCUUACUCCAGAUGGUAUUAACCAAAGAACAAGAUUUCACAACAAACCCUUUGAAUGCAGUGAGUAUUCACUCCUUAACCAGUCAUAUUUUCAGGCACAUAUGAGAAUCCACAAUGGGGAAAAGUUCUAUGAAUUGACUCAGUUUGCAGGAGAUUUUACAUGUUCCACAAGUGGAGCUCUGCCUAUUCAAAUGUAUACCAUAAAAGCCUAUGAGUGUAAGGUUUGUGGGAAAGUCUUUGGACGUUCUUCAAAUCUUAAUAGUCACAUGCGAACCCACACUGGGGAGAAACCCUAUGAAUGUAAGGAAUGUGGAAAACUCUUUGGGUAUUCUUCAAAUCUUAAUAGUCAUAUGCGAACCCACACUGGGGAGAAACUUUAUGAAUGUAAGAUAUGUAAGAAAUCCUUCACUACUUCUUCAAGUUUAACUGAACAUUUCAGAUUCAUACUGGAGAAAAACCCUAUAAAUGUAAUGAAUGUGGAAAAGCUUUCACUAAGUGCUCAGGACUUUCUACACAUGUACAAACACACACCGGAACGAAGCCCUAUGUGUGUAAGUUAUGUGGGAAAUCCUUCACUAUUUCUUCACACUUGACAGAACAUUUAAGAAUCCAUACUGGAGAGAAACCCUAUCAAUGUAAGCAAUGUGGGAAAACCUUUCACACAUCCUCCUACCUGUGUAAUCAUAUAAGGACACACACUGGAGAGAAACCUUAUGAAUGUGAGAA